GCUGCAGGGUCAUCAAUAUCAAAAGAACAACCCCGUUUUCACACGCGGCAUUAAAGUAAUGGAAUUGAUGACUUGUGAAAGCGGAGAAUUGGAAUUGAUCACCUCUCCAAUAAUUAGGACCGCAUAAAUAUUUUAUGGUGUAUUCGGCUGUUGACUUCAUGGACUCAAAGCUUCCCUUAGAUCUUUUCUUUUCCCCCCAUGGCCACCACAGAAUUCUAGUCAGCAAUUCAUCAUCAAUGGGUUGCUGGGCACAUGCUCUGUUUUUCUGUUCCUCUGUUUUUCUGGCAAUAACCCAGUCCAGAGCGGUCGACACAUUCAAUUCAUCUCAACCCAUUGCAGACGGCGACACCAUCGUCUCAGCUGGUGACACAUUUGUGCUGGGAUUUUUCAGUCCACGCAACAGUUCAACGAAUCGCUACUUGGGCAUCUGGUAUCGCAACAUCCCCGGCCAAGCCGUGGUUUGGGUUGCAAACAGAGACAAUCCCAUCAACGACUCAACCGGCCUUCUCACGAUUAACAGCCAGGGGAAUCUGGCUCUUCUUUUGAAUCCCAACAACGGGAGUUCAUCAGUCUGGUCUUCCAACUCCUCGAGCCCAGCGAGAAAUCCAGUCGCCCAGCUUUUGGAUUCGGGCAACUUGGUUCUGAGGGAGGCAGGGGAUGACAACUUCUUAUGGCAGAGUUUCGAUCAUCCGUCUGACACGCUACUAGCAGGGAUGAAGCUUGGAUUAGACAAAAGAACCGGGCUUGAUCGGUACUUGACAUCUUCCAAGGCAGCUGAUGAUCCUUCCAGCGGUAGCUUCACAUACAGGAUUGACCCCAGAGGAUACCCUGAGUUCAUCCAGAGCGAAGGCUCGACCGAGCGUUAUCGAACUGGUCCAUGGAAUGGGUUGAGGUUUAGUGGAACACCAUACCUAAGGGCUAACCCAAUUUACAGGUUUCAGUUCGUUGUGAGCGACCAAGAGAUCUACUACAGCUAUCUCCUACUGGGCAACACUUCGACCGUAUCGAGGUUGGUGUUGAAUCAGAAUGGGAUCAUUCAGAGGCUGACUUGGUCAGGAGAUACACAAGGCUGGGUGAUCUAUGUCACGGCUCAAAUGGAUUUCUGCGACCGAUAUGCGCUGUGUGGCGCUUACGGUAGCUGCAAUAUACGAAGCUCCCCUGUCUGUAAUUGCCUGAGAGGGUUUGUGCCCAAGGCUCCUAAUGAGUGGAACUUGGUGAACUGGUCUAAUGGUUGUGUUAGGCAGACUGCACUAAACUGCUCUGCAGAUGGGUUUGUGAAGUACUCCGGAAUCAAGCUGCCUGAAACACGUAGAUCGUCGUUUAACGUGAGUAUGAGCCUCGAUGAGUGCAGGGGGAAUUGCUUGAGGAGCUGCAAUUGUACAGCUUAUGCUAAUCUGGAUAUCAGGGAUAGAGGGAGUGGGUGCUUGCUCUGGUUUAGUGAGUUGAUUGAUAUAAGAGAGCUGGAGGAUAGUGGACAAGACAUUUACAUAAGGAUGGCUGCUUCUGAGAUAGAAGCAACAGGGGAUUCAGAGACUAAUUCCGGAUCCAGUAUGAGGAAGGAAAUUAUCAUUUUGAUCGUUGUGUUGUCAACAGGGCUGGUGCUGAUAGGUCUAGCCUUGAUCUUCUUUCUGCGGAGUUUCAGGCAGAAAAAACAGAGAGAAUUGGGAGGAGUUGAUCUAGAAGAGAGUACAAAUUUGAGCACAAACAAGGAUGAUUUGGAGCUGCCACUGUUUGAUAUGCCUACAAUUGCGUUAGCAACAAACAGCUUCUCCCUCAGCAAUGUAGUUGGAGAAGGUGGUUUUGGACCUGUCUAUAAGGGAGUACUGAAAGAUGGACAAGAAAUAGCAGUGAAGAGGCUAUCAAAGGAGUCGAAACAAGGGCUUGGUGAGUUCAAGAACGAGGCCAAGCACAUUGCCAAACUUCAGCACAGGAAUCUAGUGAAGCUCUUAGGAUGCUGCAUUCAGGAAGAAGAGAUGAUUUUGAUCUACGAGUUCAUGCCCAACAAAAGCUUGGACUACUUCAUUUUCAAUGAAAAACAAAGCACGUUACUUGAUUGGCCUGCGCGGUAUCAGAUCAUCAAUGGGAUUGCUCGCGGACUCCUGUACCUCCACCAAGAUUCAAGACUCAGAAUAAUCCACAGGGAUCUAAAAGCUGGCAACAUCCUGCUGGAUUUUGAGAUGAACCCAAAAAUUUCAGAUUUCGGAUUGGCAAGAAGCUUUUCAGAGAGCGAUAGCAAAACGAACACCAGGAAGGUGGUCGGCACGUAUGGUUACAUGUCACCAGAGUAUGCAAUCGACGGCAUCUACUCAGUGAAGUCGGAUGUUUUCAGUUUUGGGGUGAUGGUGCUAGAGAUUAUUAGUGGGAAGAGAAACAGGGGCUUCUCUCAUCCUGAUCACCAACUCAACCUUCUUGGCCAUGCAUGGAAGCUAUAUCAAGAAGGAAGGUAUGAGGAACUGAUGGAUAAAACAGUAAGGAAUUCAUGCGACCUCGACCAGGUGUCCCGGUCAGUCAACAUUGGUCUUCUUUGCGUUCAAAGGAGUCCAGAGGACAGGCCUACCAUGUCGUCUGUGGUUCUAAUGUUGAGCUGUGAAGGUGAGUUGCCUCAGCCUAAAGAACCAGGGUUCUACGGCGAAAGAGAUUUUGUAGAAGUUGGCAAUUCUUCAACCAGCAACAACGUGCGGUGUUCAGCAGAUUAUAGUUUAACUGAAAUAGAAGCUAGAUGAGGCAAAGCAGCAAGUGGAGAUAUAGGGCAAAGAGUACUUACAUUACAGUUUCAUGACAUUUGAUGCCAGAGCUUAGUUAGUUCCACAUUUGAUACCGGCUUCUGCUUGUGCCUUCUGCAUUUGAUUUUGAUGUAUAGAUUGAUGAAAUAUCUUGACAUUCUCGUUUGGGCAAUUCGUCGAACAGUUAGCGGGCAUGUCACUGUUAGUAUUUGCUGCAUCGAUCCAUCAAGUGUUCGGCGAGUCUUGAUUGAAUGAAAGAAGUGACGAGAUAUUGAGAUGCCAAUUUGGCAUUUUGCUCAUAUAUGACGUCGUGACGUAGCAGUGGCGCCAACAUUGAACUAGGUUGAAGUUCUUGACCCGUUUCCUUCCCUCUUCCCUCCGUUUUCACUCCUGAAAGGCUGAAAUCAAUCAAUCAAUCAUCGAAAACCAGAGUCAAAAGUUUCUAGAUAAAAUUCAGGGACCCACCAGCACCUGCUUCCCCACUUCUGAGAAUUUGGAGAAAAAAAUUCUGCCCAAUAGGCCAAUACACUCAUUUCCUUUUCCAUCCCCUGUUCGUUGUCUAUCUUCUUUCCUCCACAAAAUCAGUGUUUAGUAGUCAAUGAAAACAAUCAUCUUUCUUCUCCCCCCUGCAAGAAAGCAGAAGAAAAGCAAGACUAGUAGUAUAGUUUAUUCAUGGCAGCGACUUAUUAGACAUGCUUCUCCUCCCUGGAGUCUUCCCACCAAAUCCAACCACUCCCCUGUUUCUUGCUCCAUUGCUGCGGACAGAACGAUGAAAGUAUGAAACUUUCAAUUUGAUCAUCUUCCCCAUCCAUGAAAGGCUCCAACUUUCCGCUUUUCCUUGUUGCCCUUCUCCUCCCCUUCUUCGCACUUUCCACUCUCGCCGCCGACACAAUCGCCGUCAACCAAUCCAUCGCCGACAACCAGAGCCAGACCCUCGUCUCCUCCGGCGGCAGCUUCGAGCUUGGCUUCUUCACCCCUAGCUCCAGCAGCAGCAGCUCAUCGUCGUCGAAUCUCCGGUACAUCGGAAUCUGGUACAACUUCUCCAAGCAAUCCGUCGUCUGGGUCGCCAACCGAGAUUCCCCUCUCACCGAUUCAUCCGGCGUCCUCCAGCUCGCCGCCGACGGCUCCCUCCGUCUCCUCAACUCAUCGAACGCGGUUGUUUGGUCUACCAAUAGCACAAAAGCAGCCAACCCACCUCGAAAUCCACUCGCCAAACUUCUCGACUCCGGAAACCUCGUCGUCGGGGAAUCCAACUCCGACGAUUACCUCUGGCAGAGCUUCGAUUACUUGAGCGACACGAUCCUCCCGGGGCUCGAAUUCGGGCACAAUCGAGAAACCGGCCGAGACCGUUACCUAACCUCGUGGAAAUCCCCUGAUGAUCCUUCCCCUGGCGACUGCACGACCCGGCUUGACCCGGACGGGUACCCGCAAAUCUUCAUCCGAAAAGGCGAGAACAUCGUCUUCCGGUCCGGCCCAUGGAAUGGGCUCCGGUUCAGCGGGAUGCCCAAUCUGAAGCCCAACCCAAUCUACACCUACGAGUUCGUCUACAACUCCAAGCAAAUCUACUACCGCUACGACUUAACUGACAAAUCUGUGAUUUCCCGGCUGGUGCUCGACAACCAAGGGAUUCUCCAGCGGUUCACCUGGACCACCAGCACCAGGACAUGGAACCUCUAUCUGACGGCGCAGAUGGACAAUUGCGACCGGUACGGGCUUUGCGGCCCGUACGGGAGCUGCAACAUCAACAAUUCGCCGCCGUGCGGUUGCCUGAUCGGGUUCGAGCCGAGGUCGCGGCAGGAUUGGGAUUCAGGGGACUGGUCCGGCGGGUGCGUGAGGCGGAACGAUUCGGUUUGUGGUGUUGGCGAAGGGUUUCAGAGGAUUGUGAGCGUGAAGCUGCCUGAUACGAGUAAGUCGUCGUUCAAUGCUAGUAUGGAUUUGGGGGAAUGCGAGGCGACUUGCUCGAAGGAUUGUUCUUGUACGGCUUAUUCUACUCUGAACAUUACUGAUGGAAGCGGGUGCUUGCUUUGGUUUGGUGAUCUUGUUGAUGUUAGAGAGUAUACUGAGAAUGGUCAGGAUUUCUUCAUCCGGCUUGCAGCUUCUGAUCUGGUGUCAGUUGGCGGCUCAAAAAGGAAGACCAGGCUAUGGAUCAUAGCUGUGUGUCUACUGGCAGUGGGGAUUGCGGCUCUAGGUUUCUUCUUGAUCUUCCGUUUCCGAAGGAAAAGGCUUCGGAGGCCAGCAAGCAUCAUGAUGACACAAGAAAGAGACCAGACGGUGGAUGAAUCUCGAGAGCACGAACUUGAGUUGCCGCUGUUUGAUUUCUCGACGAUAACCAAGGCGACUGACCUUUUCUCUGAAAGCAGAAAGCUUGGAGAAGGUGGUUUUGGAUCAGUGUACAAGGGCGUUUUUAAAGAUGGACAAGAGGUAGCGGUGAAGAGGCUAUCGAAGGAUUCGACACAAGGACUCGAUGAGUUCAAGAACGAAGUCAUAACCAUUGCCAAACUCCAACACAGAAACCUCGUGAAGCUUUUGGGCUGUUGCAUUGAGAAAGAAGAGAAGGUUUUGGUUUAUGAAUACAUGCCCAACAAAAGCUUGGAUGCCUUCAUUUUUGAUCCAAAGCAGAGGAAACUACUGGAUUGGCCAAUGCGGUUCCACAUCAUAAAUGGGAUUGCUCGGGGUCUGCUGUAUCUACAUCAAGAUUCCAGGCUGAGAAUCAUUCACAGAGACCUUAAAGCGAGCAAUGUACUGUUGGAUUAUGACAUGAAUCCCAAGAUCUCAGAUUUCGGGAUGGCCAGGAUUUUCGGUGGUAAUGAAACCCAAGGCAACACGAAAAGGGUUGUUGGAACAUAUGGAUACAUGUCUCCAGAGUACGCCAUAGAUGGGCUUUUCUCCAUCAAAUCGGACGUUUUUAGCUUCGGAGUCCUGGUACUGGAGAUUAUAAGUGGGAAGAGAAACAGAGGGUUUUAUCACGAGGAUCACAAACACAACCUUCUAGGCCACGCGUGGAGGCUGUACAGAGAAGGGAAGCCUGAAGAAGUGAUGGACGAAACUAUGAACGAUUCGCAAGUGCUAUCAGAAGUUGUGAGGUGCAUCCAUGUGGCUCUGCUGUGUGUUCAACAAGCUCCUGAGGACAGGCCUAAGAUGUCGAAUGUGGUUUUGAUGUUGAGCAGCGAUAUUCUGCUGGCUGAACCAACAGAGCCUGGGUUUUUCACUGAAAGGAAAGUCUUUGAUCAAGAAUCAUCUUCCAGUAAGGUUGAUACAUGUUCUACCAAUGAGAUCACCAUUACAUUGUUGACUGCUCGAUAGAAGGCCUCCCAUUCUUUCGUGAUGUUUUACUAUGUUCCGACGAUUCUGUUGGUGUUUGCACUACUUUCGUCCCCUGCAAAGCUCCUCGCCAUGCCGAAGUCCGAUAUCUUGGGGUUCAUCUCAUGAUCAAGCAGGACGUUGCUAGCUUUCAGAUCUCUGUGUAUGAUUCUCAGCCUCGAAUCCUGAUGAAGGUAGAGAAGCCCUCUCGCUAUCCCGUUGAUGAUGUGGAGUCGCUUAGACCAGUCCAGUAACGCGCUUUGCCCUCUAUCUGCAAAACAAAGUCGUUGCAAUCAACCAAGUCAAUCCCAAUACGUACAAGCCAAGUCAAGAUAAUAUCUAAAAUGCUAAUUGACGAGUUGACUUUAUCAGGAAAGACAAUAUGGCCUCAUUUGUUGACCGAGGCAAUAAAGGAGCAACUUGGCUUCCAUUUAUAUUCAGAAG